ACUGUUUUACGCAGAACUAGGACUAGAUUUGUAAAUAUAAAAUAAUGGUGAGUUGGUGAGCAGUAUGAUGGAUAUAUCGUUUAUGCCCCCUAGUUAACUUGAUCCAACAGGUGGCAGGACAUUAGCAGCUGAUCAAGAUGGCAGCCAUACAGGCAAGGUGCUUGUAUGAUUUCGAUGGAGAUAUUCAUAAUGGAGAGUUGAGUUUUUCAGCUGGAGAAACAAUUUACAUUACCAGACAAGACAUAGGAGAUGGCUGGUGGGAGGCGAGGAGUGCUAAUGGAGCCCUUGGACUUGUCCCAGAGACUUAUGUGGAGAUUGUGUCAGUACCAGAGCCAGAGUUUCCCCCUCCUCCCCCUCCAGGAAUGUUACCCUCUGCCCCCGCCCUUUACCCCAGCAAUGGCUUCUCUGGCUCACCCCCAGACAGGGGAGGGGGCAGCGUCCAGCAACAGCAGAGUUUUGAUGAGUGGGAUGAUGAUGAAUGGGAAGAUGAUGAUGGCGAGUCCAGUAACAGCACUAUAGGACAAAACCAGGAACUUGGAGGUCAAGGUAACUUUGGUUUGGCAGCACCAAAGCGUGAAAAUAAGAAAGUCUCUCCCGGCAGUGAGAUGUCUAAAUAUGGCACAGUGAAAAGUAGCUUCAGCAGGUUUUCCCAUUUUGCCAAAUCAGGGGGAGAAGCAUUCCUAAUGGGUCAAACUGAAGACAAAGUAGCAGAUAGUGACAAAAUUAGAAUCACUGACUCACCUGACGGUCCAAUCUGGUUGAAGGAGGACAGUGGCUACACAUGUGCUGUCACAUCUCCUAAGAAAGAGAGUAAAAUGAAAGGCCUUAAAAGUUUUAUUGCCUACCAACUGCAACCAUCAUUUAGUAAUAUUAUUGUCAGUAGACGCUACAAACAUUUUGAUUGGCUUCAUGGGAGGUUGGAGUGUAAGUUUGUGUGUAUACCAAUCCCACCAUUACCAGAUAAAGCUGUGACAGGUAGGUAUGAGGAAGAUUUCAUACAAGAAAGAAUGCGCCAGUUGCAAGCUUGGGUUGAUAGAAUGGUUCGUCAUCCUGUUAUAUCCCGGAGUGAAGUCUUUCUUCAUUUUUUAACCUGUACAGAUGACAAAAAAUGGAAAGUUGGUAAAAGGAAAGCAGAAAAAGAUGAAUAUCAGGGAGGCAGAUUUUUUCAAGUUUUACAAACACCAAAUCAACCUUUGGUUAUACGAGAUGUAGAGGGCAAAAUGGAAGUGUUCUGUAAGUUUGUGUUGGGUAUGACAGAAAACAUGAAGACACUUAUCACAGUACAUCAUGAAUAUGCCAAGAGACAGAUUGGGCCAUUUAAAAGAGAGUACACAAAAAUUGGAGCUUCCUAUAAACAGCUGGCCCAAACUUUUAACUUGGAUACAAGCCCUUCCUCCAGAACUUUAACAGCUGCUAUUGAUUUUACCGGGGAUGCCUUCAAUGAUAUUGGUGAAAUGUUUGCUAAACAGCCGCCAAGAGAUGCCUAUCCAUUAAUUGAGAGCAUGUAUGAAUACAAAGGUUUACUACAGACUUAUCCAGAUGCCUUGAAAGUACAUGAGGGUGCAAUUGGUAAAGUGAAAGAAUGUUUGAAGCUCCAGGAAGAGAACAAAAUGACAGAGUCUGAAGUCCAGAAUGUUGUGACCAAAGCAGACACUAUCUCUUAUGGAACACUGGCAGAGAUGAACCACUUUCAAAAGGAGAGAGUGGUGGAUUUCAAACACUACAUGCAGAACUAUCUAAAGGAGCAAAUAGACUUCUAUAAAAAGUUAACAAGUAAACUAGAAGAUGCACUACAUCGCUACGACAACGACAACGUAUAACAGUUGCACUAUCAAGUCAGCCAAAUGUAACCAUAUGUGUACAACUUCUGAUGUUCUAGACCAUAACCAAAGUCCAGAUUUAGCAAUUGAUACAAUUAUCCUAUACUUGUAUUUAAAUAUCGACAAAAUCUAAUCGCACGCGAUGAAUCAAAGUGUGAAACAGAAAGCAGCCUUAUAUAUUUGUGAGAUAUCAUUUGUAUAUUGUAAGAUAGGGAACUGAGUAAUGUCAUGUCAGUUUCUUUGAAAUAGACUGGUCAGCUCUUUGUAGUGUCAUGUCAGCGUCAUUUAAGUAGCCUGGUCAGCUCUAUGUAAUGUCAUGUUAGUGUCAUUGAAGUAGCCUGGUCAGCUCUUUGUUCUCCUGCAGCUUUAGGCAUAAUGAAAAGACUCCAAUUUGAUAUUACUUUCACCUGUCAGUGUAUUAUACAGCAAGGGUUUUGGCCCUUGUUUAAAAGUGAAACUCUAUCCAAAGGGAGUGAAUGGUGGCCAUUAUUAUUCAGUUAAACUUAUUUAAAGAUUGUUUUGAUUGCUGACAUUUCCUACCUUGUUAUAAUCUAUGUGAUGAUGCAGUACUAUAUAUUAUUAAUUGUAAAUAAUCAAAAACUUCAACUCAAAUGUAACCUUCCCUUCAUGGAGUAUGUUGCAGCUCUGUUUUGUUGUUUGUUUGUUAUCCUUUGUAAAGAAAGCUAAGCUUGUAAUGGUGGUGUAGUUUUGUCUUCACCAUUUGUAAAGGUUAGCUGGGGGGGGGGGGGGAAUGAUAGAUUGAUGAGAGGGGAAGUGAGUGUAUGUGUGUGUGUGUUGCUGGAACAGCCCAGGGUUGUACACAUCUAUCUAGAUAUGCCUGAGAUUGCCUGGACAUUGUGCUGAACUUGGAGCAGUAUUUAUCACAGCUUUGUGCUGUUUGUUUUGUGCUUUGCACUGUUGAAGUCGUUGAUGAUUCAUUUAUUCUGGAUUUAGUUCUGUCUGAGGUAAACUUGUAGCCAAGUUGUUUGAAGCUCUCAUAAUACUUAGAUUAAUACUGUGGGUUUUUUUUUAUGUGCUGUUAAUUAAGCAAUUAUCUUGACAUUUAGACAGACAAUGACUUUUAGAUGUGGCAUCAAUUGUGCAGGUGUUUCUUUAAUUGAAUUGUGUAGCUUAUCUUUAUGUUUCCUGAGUUUAUUUUUGUAGGACUUUUUUUUUUUUUUAGUUUAUUUGUAGGACAUUUCUUGAGUUAAUUUGUUGGACAUUUCUUGAGUUAAUUUGUAGGACAUUUGUUUCUUUAGUUAACUUGUAGGACAUUUGUUUCUUGAGUUUAUUUGUAGGACAUUUGUUUCUUGAGUUUAUUUGUUGGACAUUUUUUUUUAGUUUAUUUGUAGGACAUUUCUUGGGUUAAUUUGUUGGACAUUUCUUGAGUUAAUUUGUAGGACAUUUGUUUCUUUAGUAAACUUGUAGGACAUUUGUUUCUUUAGUUUAUUUGUAGGACAUUUGUUUCUUGAGUUUAUUUGUAGGACAUUAGUUUCUUUAGUUUAUUUGUAGGACAUUAGUUUCUUUAGUUUAUUUGUAGGACAUUAUUUUUUUGGCUCUUGGCUGAUUUGAACACAGCAGCAGUAAAUGUUUCUGUGAAAGUUUGAUGCUUCUCUAAAUUGUUGUUGACUUGUGUGUUAAGUUUGAUGCUUCUCUAAAUUGUUGUUGACUUGUGUGUUAAGUUUGAUGCUUCUCUAAAUUGUUGUUGACUUGUGUGUUAAGUUUGAUGCUUCUCUAAAUUGUUGUUGACUUGUGUGUUAAGUUUGAUACAGUGAGCUCAAUAUGUUUAGCACAGUAAAAAAAUGUUUUAAAAGAAAAAUUUGAAUAUGUAACAUUCUUUGGUACACAUUACAGCCAGCUUUUAGUAUCUUGAAUGUCUGUCUCUUCAAAAUAAUGGAAGUUAGAGUCUGGUGCAGUUUAUGUAUUUUUAACAAAGUAUUAACAAAAGUAGAACACCUAGUGGUCCAUGCAGAAUCCUAUCUAAAGAUAUUCUGUGCCCAGGACUGCACAUUGACUUUGUAUUACUUCACUUAGAGAUACAAAUACAAACAAGAUUCAAAACCUCACAACACUUAUGAGAAUCAUGCCAUGUAAAGUGCAAAUGUAUCACAAAGUGAAUUGGAUGUUGAGAUGAAAGUUGAACCUCAUGCACUGUGUACCUGAAUGUUUUCCCUUUACUGAGUUUCUUAAAAUGUUUUGAUGUCUUAUUUAAAAUUGUAACAUACAAAUCAAUGAUAGAAGUGUCCCUGAUCUAGACUUAACAUCAUAUUGAAUCAAAACAUUGGACAGAUUAUUCACAUUUCAUUUUGGUCUUUUAUUUUUUUUAAUUCUUAUGUUCUUGUUGCCUGUUCUCAUUGCCAUGCCUGUUGUUCUGUGUCUGUGGAUAGAACUAACAACUUAUCAUGUUUCUGUUUCUUUGUGCAUCAGCUUUAGAACAAAUCUGUUUGUCACUGACACAUAUCUUAUUGUCACUAACACAAAAUAUCUGUUUUCUUCAGAUCCCUACACAUUUUACAAAAUCUAAAAGAACUUUUUAACAUUUUACUGAAAUACUUUUUUGGUAAAUAUAUUAUUAAAAAACAAAUUAUUGCUGAUAGAUUUUGUAAUAGAAGUCUAUUUCAACAACUGGAGGCCAUAAUGUCUAACUCAGGGGUUCUCAACCUGUGGGUUGCUACCCCCUUGGGGGUCGAUUGACGAUUUGCCAGGGGUCGCCUGAGGCCAUCGAAAAUAUGGAUUGUUAUUGUCUUUUCUUCUAUUGCUGUGUGUGUGUGGGGGGGGGGUCGCGGCAGAAUGGGGGAUUGUAAAAAGGGGUCGCCGAGCUUAAAAGGUUGAGAACCGCUGGUCUAACUGAUAUUAGAUGCUUCUAGUGUUGAAUCAAAGACAUGUUAUGCUAGCAUUAUAUGUGCCAUUAUUGUCUUGGAUUGAAAGUGAGCAGUUUAGUUACAGACUUUCAGACUAAACAAAAGCUUGUAUUUGAAAGAAGUACGAUAGAAAUGAUUUAGAUGUCUUAGUGAAAAGUAAUUUGUUGGUUUCAGUUGAUAUAGUACAUUUUAUUGGUUGGUAUUUUCUUUUAUAUUUAUCUUGCUAGGGAAGUACAAAAUGUAUGGUUCUAUUUUCACUGGGUUUUAUUUGAGGAUUCUGAUUGUUAAAAUAGAUUUCUACAAAUUGUGUUUUGGUCAGUUUGCUCAAACAAGUGGUUUGAAUAUUUGAACAAAAGAAACAGGGUUGUUUCAAGACCAUAUCUUUUGGUCACUCAACCAGUACCAGUAGAGGUUUUUGUUAUGGUCAUUGCUGUACUGGUCAGUAGACUCAGUAGAAAUAAUGUGUGUUAAAUCAUUUAUUGUGAUCAUUUUUAUGUGAGGGAUGAUCAUAUGAUCAGUAUACCUGUGACAGUGUUUACCUGUCAUGAUGUUAGUAUAUCCAGGCCAGUUUGUGCCCCUAUCAAUAAUGAUACUGUCAUCAGUACACAUGUGAAAUGUCAUUGUGCUGUGAUCAUAAGUUCUGUGGAUCUUUGUAUUGUUGUGGUCAGUUCAUGUCACUGUCAUCUAAAAAUCCUGUGGACAGUACACUUUUGACAGUGGCCUAGUUGUGUUGUGUUAAUCAUUGAAUGACAUUUUGUGUUUAUAAAUCUAUUCUAAUGUAAAUCACAUUUUUUGUUUGGUCUGUCCUGGAAGUAAUUCUGAGAGCAUGCUCAUAAUACAAUGAACAGAGUUGCAAUAUUUAUUUAUCUGAGUAACUUUACCUUCAACAAAUCAUUUAUUAUCACUUAGUGAUCAUUGCAAAAAUAUUGGGAAUGAACCUGCACUAGCCACUUCAAUAUGAGCAUGACUUUUCCCUUCUGGCACAUUGGUGGCUAUAGUCAUUACUUGUUGUUUUUUUUUUCUUCUUUUUCUCACAUUGUUUUUGCCUUGUACUUAACACACCAGCUAAUCCUGGCUAAUAGUCUUGAACUGGGCAUGUCUGUAAUGCCAGGAUGGCUGUGUGUCUUGUUGACGAACUAUUCCCCUGUUAAUCCAUUGUACAUUGUAUGUUCCCUGUACUACUAAUGUGACUCUCCUAGUGCCUUUUUGUUUCCUAUUUAUAAUGAAUGUAACCUAUUGAAUUAUCUACCAUUUAGGAACAACUUUAUGAUUUCUAUUGAAAUUUGUUUUUCUUAUUGAUGCAUUCAGAAAACAAACACAAUAAACCUUGUAGAAACUAACCAUGUGUUUUAUUGAGCAUGUAUUUAUUGAUAUUUGAGCAUGUAUUAUUCAUUUUAUGCUGAAACUAAAAUGGCCGCUGUGACUCUUCAUUUUUUAAUAUAGUUUAAAUAUUUGAUCAAUAAAUGUAUUUAUUUUUUUUUAUAUUAAACCGUUUUAAGUAUUUGAA